AUGACCACCCCAACCCCACCCCCCUUACCCGUUCUCGUCUUCACAAAAACAACCUCCUACCGCCACACCUCCAUCCCCUCAGGCCUCGCUCUCUUCCAGCGCCUCGCCACGCACCACCCCUCCCUCUCCCUAACCACCACCGAGGACUCCUCCAUCUUCACCCCGCAAACCCUCUCGCGCUACCGCGCCAUCAUCCUCCUACAAACCCUCGGCCCGGCCUUGCUUUCCGCUCCGCAACUCGCCGCGUUCAGAGACUGGGUGCAGCGCGGCGGUGGCGUGGUAGCGAUCCAUGGCGCAGCAGCCGGAAUGCCCGAGGACAGCUGGUGGGAGAAGAUGAUCGGAGCAAAGUUUCACUCGCAUCCAGACCCGGAAAUCGGAUCUCUGGUGCUGGAUUCGGAACAGGUGGGGGAGCAUUUUAUAUUAAGUGGGUGUGGCGGCAGCCAAGGGUGGAAAGACGAGUGGUAUAAUUUUCAUGAGCAUCCGAGGGAGAAUGAGGGGUUGGUUGUUUUGCUGAGGGGGGAUACGAAGACGUUUGGUGGAGGGAUGCAUGGGGAGGAUCAUCCGUUGGUGUGGUGUCAGGAGUUUGAAGGGGGGAGGGUGUUUUUCACGGCGUUGGGGCAUUUUGAUGAGGCGUACGAGGAUGAGUGGUUUAGUGGGAUGGUGGAGAGGGGGCUGUUUUGGGUUGCGAGGCGGGAAGGGGAUUUGAAGAACUAA